AGCAAAAGCUUACUUCUUAAGUAUUCCACUUGAAACAACCAAAAUGGACCCCACUAUCCCCCUUAAUCCCCCACUAACAUUAUGGCCUUAAUAAUAAUGACAAUUGCUUAAAUUUUGGUUUAAUCUCAACCCUCCAUUUCAAAUCCUAAACUCCAAAACCAAUACAUCUUUUGCCACUACAUUUUUCACCAUAUUAUAUCCCAUUUGCUUAACCCUAAAUCUUUCCCAUUAUCUAGUCAAGUCAAGCUUCUAGUUGAAGCUCAUAUAUUUCUACCUUUUUUACGUACCACAAUUCCACAAACUUGUGUAUUUAUAUUAACACUUUGGUCACACAUUUCAACUACAUUAUUGCAUUUCAUUUCAAUAUAGUGUGCUCUUUUCUUCUUAUUUUUACAUCUUUUCAUUCAAGAAAAAGGCAAUCCUCUCUUCUUUUUUAGUUAUAUUAUGUGAUAUUGUAAAGAAGAAGAAGAAGAAGAAUGAAGGUGAAAACGCCGAGUUUGUUGAAGAAGAUAAUAGCCGCAUUUUCAAACAAAACAAAUGAUCUAAGAAUACGGCUCAUGAUAUUCUUUCUCCUACAUAAAGACUUAGAUAAGACCUCACUAACCAAUUCCCUUCAAGCCUUAGUUUCUCACCAAAAGAAGAAAAACGACGACGCCAUUAUCGACGAAAAAGAAGAAAAAGAAGAAGAAGAAGAAAACGAAGAAGAAGAAAGUAAGAAGAGUGGUUUGUUAAUGAGCUACAACAAAGCUACAUGCAUGAUGGCACGUGACACCCACGACAUGAAGUUUAUGCCGUUGAAACGUAAAGCAAACUACGAGCAUGACCUAAAACGUGCCGUUGAUUUGACACACGCGCUUUUUAAGGAGUCAGAAGCGGAGAUGGAGAAGGAGGGUGAGACGGAAGAGAUGGCGGUCGAGGGCGGAGGCGAAGGCGGUGGCGGUGGCGGUGGCGGAGGCGGAAGUGUUGUUGUGGAGGAGGAGAUGGGGGAAGAGGAUAUUGAUCAAGCAGCUGAUAUGUUCAUACAAAGGUUUAAGAAACAAAUGCUACUACAAAAACAACGUUCUAUAGAGAGACAACAAUGGUUGUUGUUGUCUAAUUCUUGACAAUUAUUUACUCCUAUUAGUAAUUAAUUAUUACUUUUUAGGACAAUCCAAUCCAAUUAAGAUAAAGCCUUUUAUUAUGUGUCGUUUUUAUGCCUUUUUAAAUUCACUAAUGGCACACUACCUAGCUAUAGUACGUACCACUCCAUUAUGUGUAAUAAUUUUGUUUUGGGUUGUUCUACCAUAAAUUCUUUCCUUUUUUUUUUAUUUAUUUUGUGUUUGUUGUUGCAAAUUUUGGUAUGACACCGACAGUCUCAUGGAAUGAGAUGGGUUAAAAAUAUA